AUUCAGUUUUGAGGACAUCAGUUGUGCAAGACAUGAGGUUUUUCUGCACAAUGAUCACCAGACUGGCAGCUUUGAGUCUUCUUUUUACUUUGGGUAAGUGCAGUUCAAGACAAUGAAUACCUUUACUGAACUGAAGAGCCUAUCUGAAAGAUGAUUUAUUGACUUUGUGUUAAUACUGUGUUUGACUUAUGUUAUCUGGUUGCAUCUCUGAUCGUCAGCUUUGAUUCAAGCAGCAAAAGUUCUUCAAAAGAUCUCUCUGACUGUGGCUGAAGCUGGUGGGGAUGUUACUCUGAAGUGUUCGGUGUCGGAGGGAAAGGGAACAUUCUUCUACUGGUAUAAGCAGCCUCUUGGAUAUAUGGUCCAAACAGUUGCUACAGGAACUUAUACUAAACAAACACUGGCUGCUUCAUUUAAAAAUGAACGGUUCACAGUCACAGAAGGGGAGGACCACUAUUUCCUCUCAAUAAGAAACGUCAGCAAAGACGAUGAAGCAACAUACUUCUGUCACAGUGGAACUGCGUACUCUCAGAGUUUUGUAAAUGGGAUCUUUCUAGCAGUGAAAGGUAAAGUUUGAAACUUUUAGCAACCAUCAGUGCAUUCCUACAUCAUAUAAACUGUCCAUUACUUCUUCAAUUUCUUCUUUAAUGCCUCACACAGAUAGAAAUCAGGAGAAAUCUGUCAUCGUAGAACAAACUCCAGAGACGGCAUCAGUCCAGCCGGGCCACUCCGUCAUGUUCCGAUGUUCACUUCCCUUCACGGACAGAAAAACCAGAGUGCAGUGUCCAGGUGAACACGAUGUGUACUGGUUCAGAGCUGGAUCAGGAGAAUCUCUUCCAGGGGUUAUUUACACUCACAAAAACAGGAGCUUUAGAGAAGAGGAGAGGGGUUGUGUCUACAGUCUGUCUAAAACCAUCCAGAACUCCUCUGAUGCUGGGAUGUACUACUGCGCCGUGGUCACAUGUGGAGAAAUCCUGUUUGGAGAAGGAACUACUGUGGAGACAAGUAUGUUUAUACUUAAGUUAACACCUGCUUACCUGUCGAGCUGCUAACCUAAAUUGCUAACCUUAAUAUACUAUCCUUGUCACGUAAAGCUAGAGUGAGAAUGUCUUGACAUUACUUAAGACGGUUGGUGAAUGCAACAGGUUUAUAUAUGACGAUUUUCAGAGAUGUCAUUAGCACCUUUUUCCACCACCAGGAUCAGAGCUGUAUCCAGUCGUCAUUGCACUUGGAGUUCUGCUGGCCUGCUGUGUGACUCUGAAUGCUGUCCUUCUUUUCCGUGGGAAUCGUAACCAGGCUUGUGAACAUUGCAAAGGUAAGUUCCUAGUUAAUGCAAAUAUUAAUAUUUUUUAAUGCAUUUAUAUUACGUUCAUUUUGAAAAGCAUGCUGCAUGAUCUCUUCUUGGAGAUGAUAGUCUUGUCAUUUUUUGGUCCAAGUAUGACUGAGGAGUGAUCUGUUUGAGUCUGUAUCAAGAAAAUCACAAGCGUAUGAUGAAAUAGUUGACAGUGUCUUAAGCACUGAUGUAGUACCAUGUGAUUUGAGGAUAUUUAUUUGUGCUACCUCAUACAAACAUUGGAAACAUUGUUGUUUAAAGAUGACUUCAAUAACUUUUGAGGCCACACUUUUAACUUAAUCCAAAUGUGCUGGAAUUGGAGUAGUUUUACGAGCUCCCCAUACAGCAUAUUACAUGUAAUUCAGGAUCAGACCAAAUGACUAGAGAACUGUGUAUAAGAAAUGACACAUAUAUGUAAGUGCUGUCCAUGCUCUCUGAAAGUUCACUUUCCUUUUGCAGGAGGAUCAAAAAGUAUUUCUCACAAUCCUGGACAUGAAAAGUCAACAGUCCAGCAGUCAACUAACCCGGUAAAUUGAAGUUCUACCUGUCCAUUUGUCUACUAUUUUAAAAAUUACUUUUUUCUAUUAAAGGUUUUUUGGCUUCUCAGUCAUGUAGAGCCAACCUUACAUUUCUGGGUCACUUUAUGUUAAUGCAAGGUGUCUGCAUUUUUUGAUACAUGGACACAUCUAGGCAUGUACUUUUGGGGAUUUGGGCUUGUAUUAAAAACAGAUCUUCUCUUUAACCAAAGCUGUCAAGUUAACUGACUAAAGGUAAUCAAACAUGUUUGUAGUUCUGAGUGUUUUUCAUCACAUGUCCACUGCUAAAUGUCAUCUUUCAAAAAUAAUCAAGUUAGUAUCGAAUGGCACAUGUUCAGAUACUGUCCCAAUACUUUUUAAGACUGUAACUUUCACACCCUAUAAAAUGUUAACUAAUGGCAACUGUUAUUUGCAGGAUGGGGGAACAGAGGCAGAAAACUAUGCAGCGCUGACUUUCUCUGCAAGAGAAGUUAGGAGUGUGAGAAAACUCAGAGAAUCACCCCAAGAAUGUGUGUACUCGACUGUACGGGUGGACCACCACACUCCACAUCACACGUCUUUAUAGAGGAGCGUGGACUCUUCCUCACUGUGCUGGUCUGAAAAAGCAAAGACGGGUUGAUUGUUGGAUGAUUUUUUUUUCUGCAUUUAAGUGGUCAUAAAGCACUCACUAAAGAGUGUUCAACAGGAAGGGUCUGAAGUAAGCAGGAUAUACUGGGUUUCUGGGGAACCUGUAAUCAUAGUCACAAUUACAUAAGUCGCCAUUACUAGGAGAAAGCUGAAGUUUCCUGGUAAUGAACUAUUUAGUGCAGUCGUCCAUGUUGCUUGUCAAGUAGGUUUCUAUGAUUGAAGACAGCUUCAUCAUGUACUUCCCCGAGUCUGAGUAAUGUAGCUGUAGUAACACUUGGAUAUAUACUAUAAUAAACAGGUUGUGGAAACCUGCUGGAGUGUACCUGUCGCCAUAGAGGAGAGGCUAAUCUUCACUGAUUACUGACAAAUCUGAUUGUAUCUCAUAUCAAACUCAGAAACACACUCACUUGUGUUGAACACAAGGGGCAUCAUAUGUAUUCUCAUCUUUGAACAUCAGUCAUAAAUGUUAGUGGAAAUAAGGUAUGAAGCUUUUAUACAGUUCUAACUUUUGGUUUGUGAUUUGGCGCCCCCUGUGGACACAACAGAACCCCUCGUUUGUUUGCUGGUCAUUUGUCUGCAUAUGCAUGUUGUGUUUUUCGAGUUGUGUUCUUAUUACUGGGCUUUGAUGCCUUUAUUCAGAUACAACAGGACAGCACCCAUUUAAGGAUUAUAGUCUCCAAACAUGGGGUUUGUGACGAGGGCAAGCGGACUAGCUGUACGGCACUGAUAUGAGUGUAGAUUUUCUAGUUGUAUUGUUAUGUUCAACACAGAAAAGUACGCAUUUACUUCAGAUUUAACAUUUUUACAGUGAAAACUAAACACGUCAAAGUCUCUAAACAAACUUUGGUAAAAAAUAACGCAACCAAACCAUAAAUUUAUGUUGAAAUUAGAAGUAGUCUGCUGAGACGAUAAAUCACACUACAUGAACAAAAGAGGAAAGACUCGUGUGAACAGACACCUGAAACCUGUUUUUGUAGAAAGACCAAGACUUCCUGUGGUCUCUGUUCCUAGAAGAAGAUGGUUGACUGCUGAUGCAACAGGCCCGUUACAAACUAGGUUUACGACUCUCUUUGAAUACACUGAUAUCUCCUGUUACGUAUUUCACUAUCCAACACUGUCACUGCAUUAAAAAAAUGAUCCAGACAUCUUCCCAGAUAAAUAAAUUCAGAAGGAUCUUCCUUAACAGAACCCUGGGGUGUCUUUCUUUAUGAAAUGAACUACCUGGCUUUUAUUCUGAUUUAUUGCCGCCCUUUACCUGUUACACCAACCCCUUAACAAAUGUAGCAAAUAUUGUAAAUCAUCUUCUGAUUCCACCUGCAGAGCGAUAUCAUCUGCACAUAACAAAAUACCCAAAGAGAAAUCUCUAAAAGAUGCCCUACACCAGAGCUUUUAAUUUCCUGAGGUGGGACAUAAAACAUCCUCUUUUUUCAACAUCGAACAGGGUUUGAAACCACUCAGUCUCACCUGUACAUGAGCAAAAGAGCAAUAACAAAGGCACGAAACAUAGAAAAGUAGAUUUAUUGUCUGACAUCCUUGUUCUAACAAUUGUUGAGAUUGAGUGAAUAUGGUCAAUGCAGGUUUGAUUGCACAGAGGUUUGAUACUUGUGCCUACUAUCCUCCAUUUCUACUACGUCUAUACAGCCUAGCAUCACUAAAAACUACACACUGAACCUUUAAAUUAAAUCAAAGGAUACAGCUCUGUCCUAUCCACAUACAUUGCCAACUUUUCAUUUAAUUGGAGAAGCAAUAGCGAUUACAAAACAGUUUGUUAGUCGUGGAUGUCAAGCGCUUGAUUUGAUAAGCUAAUCAAACUAAAAAGCCUUGACAGCAGUAUAGAUCCUCCCUCUGAUUUCUCAUCUCAUUCCACCACCGCUGGUUUUCUUCAUGGUAAAGAUGACAGUUGAGUAAAUCCAUGUGUCUCCAUCUCUCUGCUGAAGUGUACAGAAAUUGUUAGCAGUAUGAAAUACUGGUAAAGUGUCUCAUAGCUAUGUAAACCAGGAGGUCAUACCUGUGAAUAAUUUUCAGCAUUUUCUUGCAGGGAAACAGCAGCUACAAAAGCAAACAUGACUGAUUGAGAAAUAUGCAGUAGAAGAAGAUGUAAGAGUUAAAACCAAAAGAAAUGUUUGAUACUAUCAAUGUAAAUGUUAGCUACAUAGUGUUGGACGUACUGAGGUAACCGUUCUUACCUUUAUCACUGCAGUAAUCACAUUUGCCUUUGUUGAUGCCACAGAGAAGGAGGACCAUUAUAACCACACAAAUAACCGAGACGCCACAAAGCAGGAGCAGAGUCAAAGUGACCUCCUUUAAAAUGAAAGGUGAGGAGGUGGGUCCUGGAUCAUGACGAGAAACAAAAUCAGUGAAAGCUCAAACAGACAGAACACAGAUGUAAGUGUGAGUCAGUGUUAAUUUACAGAUUUAAACCUACUAUGAGAUUACACUGAAGUUUGAUCUAUACUUGAGUCACUUUGGCUCAUCUAGGAUGUGGUAAACAUGGAAAGAUAUUAGGAGACUUGAAAUGAAGAGAUCGGUGCGCACCUGAACCUGUGGCUGAAGUAUGAUACACGCAAAAACAGAUCAGUUUCACAAAGUCUGGCAGUCUUAUCUGGACUACUUUAGACUCCCUUAGACCUGACUUUACUGUUAUUAUUUAAAAAGACUCCUGAUUCUGAUUUGUAGUUUGUCAAUAUUUUGUACUGUGGGCAACUUCCUGUAACCUUCUGUGCAACUUUGUUGUUUUUGUAUCUAUUCUGUCAAUCAUUUUGUUAUAGUUACUUUGUUUUCUUUUCUCAUAAAAAAAGACAAAAUUCAUCAAA